AUGGCAAGCGUGAGUGUUAUGGCAAACCGUUGCAAGAUCAAAGCGCUUCGCGCAAAGACCAACACAUACAUCAAGACUCCGGUUCGCGGCGAGGAACCGGUAUUUGUAGUAACUGGACGCAAGGAGGACGUCGGUCGUGCCAAGCGCGAGAUUCUCUCAGCGGCCGAGCACUUCUCUCAGAUCCGCGCAUCACGCAAGUGUGGAGCUGCACCACCACCACCAGCUGGCGCGCCCGGACACGUCACUGCACAGGUGCGCGUGCCAUACCGCGUCGUGGGGCUCGUCGUCGGACCCAAGGGCGCCACUAUCAAGCGCAUCCAGCACACCACACACACGUACAUCGUGACACCAUCGCGCGAGCGCGAGCCUGUGUUCGAGGUGACGGGACUGCCUGAGAGCGUGGAGGCUGCACGCAAGGAGAUCGAGGCGCACAUCGCACUCCGCACGGGAGCUGCGGGGUCGGCAGGCACUGGAGUGCCCGCGCAGACUGACAGCGAGCCACUCGCCACGCUCUACCGCGCUGGGCUUGCGUCGCUGUUGCGGCCUGAUCAAGAAGCUGCAUUUUCAUCUGCUGGAUCUUGCUCAUCGGGAGGAUCAUCGGCGCGGCUUGGUGAUCUGCUGGGAAUCUGGUCUUCAACGGAGCGCGACGAGGGACUGGGCGAGUCACCAUCGUUCGAGUCACCAGGCGGCGGCACCGCCAAUGUGUGGGCAUGGGGCCCGACGCGGCCCUCGCCUGCAGCAUCGCCAGCACGCGCGUGCGCAGUGUGCACGGAGCGCGGCGUGGCGGCGGCGCUGGUGCCGUGCGGCCACAACCUGUUCUGCCUGGAGUGCGCGCAGCGGCUGGCGGCGGGCGGCGCGCCGUGCCCCGCUUGCUCGGCGCCGGCGCACCAGGCUAUCCGCAUCAUCUCGUAAGGCGCUGGGUACAUGCCGCCCGCGGCCGCUGCUAACACGAGUCGCACGUUCUCGUAUUAGGGAUCUUUUUUACUCGAAUCGUUAUAAAAAAAUAUUAAAAGAAGUAAAAAUCGCGUAAUCGAAAUCCUGGUGCCAAAAGUCGGCGCCUCGCCGGCACGGCCCGUCCGCCGCGCCGUACCUAUCUUAAGUCGGCAGAGUUGUUCACGAUAUAUUUUCUUAUUAUGAACGUUUUUUAUUAGGUCGUCGAGCGCGCGCCGCGCUCUUCGCCGCAGAGAGAGUCGAAAGUACGUUAUGAUAGAAAUUUCGAAAAAAACAUAAAAUUUAAAAAAAGUUGUAUAAUUAUUAUUGAUAGCGUAAUGAGAAAUCGAAAAUUUAUAAAGCUUAAUAACGUAAUAGCGUAAAGUAUUAAGAUAUUAUAAUAAUAAUAUAAUAGGCGAGGGACGGGCGGCGCGGGGAGCGGGUCGCAGCCUGUUGUCUGUUGAGAGUCUAGUGUAAUGUAAUAGAGUAAGUGCAGCGCCCGGACUGUGUCGCUGCGUGUGCGCACUGGGCGCUGGCUAGGUAAUGCGUUGUUAGGUAAUGAGUCGGUUGUGGACGCGGCCGGGCCGCAGGACUGACGCUGAUGCUGGCCGGCCCCCGCCCCGCUCCCCCGCGCGCCAUGCUCACAUUAUUUUUGACUAUGAUAUGAAUAUUCGCUUAAAUGAUAUUAUACAUACGUACACACUAUGAUUAUGAUAAUAUUAAUAUAAUGUUUGUUUUAAGCGUGUUUUAAUGUUUAGAUUUUUAUUGUAAUGUUUUUAUGAAUGAUUUUUAUCUGUAUGAUUAUUAUUAUUGAUUAUUAUUUUAUGUGUUGACAAUGUUUUUUUGUGAUUACGUGCGCCCGCGCUGCGGGCCGAGGCUGCUGUAUGUUCGUUUAGUGGUUAUGAUAUCGAAUAAUAAAUUUAAAGUAAUAAACGGUAAAGAAAUAAUACGACUCAUUCAUUAUUAUAUAAACUAUAGUAGUCUGUAGCACAUUGACUAACCAUUACCUAUGGAUACUUAUUAAGUAUUAUUAUAUUAUUGAAUAAAUUUAAAGAAUGCAUAAUUAUAUUUCAUAGGAUCAUUAUUCUGUAUAACUCUAGUUAAAUAUAACAAUAACAAAUAUGAUUGUAUAUGUAUGAGAGCGACGUUAUUGUUCAGUUACCGGGGGCUCAUUUUAUGGAUUGAUAUUUUUUAUUUUUUUACCGUUAUUAGUUUUUGACUUACUCAUGUAAAAAUACGCGAGAAUAAAAUAUCAGCCUAUUAGAUUAUAUUUUAAAAAAUAAUGGUUACGUAAAAUGAACCCCCGCCGUACGUAGUAAUCCAGUGAUUUCGAUAAUUUUAUUUUCAUAAUAAAAUGGGUAGACGCUUUAGGUUCAAAUAACGUUGUGAGAUUUGUGAAAUUUUGUAGACUACAUAUCUUAUUAUAAAUCUAAUAUAAACUAUAACUUUCGAACUU